GUCGCGUGACGUGUUGCCAAGGAACCUCCUCCAAGAUGGGAGAAAACGUCAAAGUCGCCGUUCGAGUUAGACCAUUUAAUGAACGGGAGAAAAACCGCAAGUCAAAAUGCAUAAUUCAAAUGAACGGGCAGACGACGUCCAUCAAGAAUCCAGAGAACGAGAGGGAGGAGCCGAAGAAAUUCGCUUACGAUUUCUCGUACUGGUCACAUGAUGGCUACAAAGAAAACAAGGAAGGGUAUCUGGAACCAUCUGACAAGAAAUAUGCAGACCAGAAACGUGUUUUUGCUGACUUGGGAGAGAGUGUCCUAGCCAAUGCUUGGAAAGGAUACAACUGUUGUUUGUUUGCCUAUGGGCAGACUGGGAGUGGAAAGUCUUACUCUAUUGUCGGCUAUGGACCAAAUAAAGGUAUAGUACCUGUGGCAUGUUCAGAGUUAUUCAGAGGAAUUGGACAGAAGAAUAAAAAUGCUGAUAAAUCAAAGGAAGAGGAAUACCAGGUGUUUGUGAGUAUGUUGGAGAUCUACAAUGAACAGGUUCGUGACCUUCUCAUGCCUGCAAGUUUCAAAGUCAAAGGAGGGUUAAAAGUCAGAGAACAUCCUCAAAAAGGUUUCUAUGUUGAGCAACAAGCCACAUUCCCAGUUAUGAGUUAUGAUGAUAUCAACAACAAAAUUAAUGAAGGAACAAGAAAUAGAACCAUUGCUUCAACAAAUAUGAAUGCAACCAGCAGCCGGGCACACACCAUUGUAUCAAUACGGUUUAUACAGAAAGGAAAGAAUGAAGCAGGGAAGAACAUGACAAAGACAUCCAUCAUCAAUCUAGUAGAUUUAGCAGGAAGCGAGAGAGUAGAUAGCACAGGAGCAACGGGAGAUAGAUUAAAAGAAGGGGCAGCGAUCAAUCUGUCUCUUUCAUCCCUCGGCAAUGUCAUCAAGGCACUAGCUGAUAUGGGUGCUGGAAAGAAAGGGAUUAGAGUUCCAUACAGAGAUUCAAAGCUCACAAUGUUGCUUAAGAAUGCCUUAGGAGGAAACAGCAAAACAAUCAUGAUUGCUGCUAUUAGCCCAGCAGACAUCAACUAUGACGAAACAUUAUCAACUCUUAGAUAUGCGGAUAGAGCCAAGGCUAUCAAGACCAAGGCAGUCGUGAACGAGAGUCCAACAGAUAAACUCAUCAGGGAGCUGAAGGAGGAGAACGCCAGGCUCCUCAAGGAGCUACAGGGUAAAGGAGGAGGUGGAAAGGAGCCUGGUAUACUUCAAGGAAUACCAGAAGAAGAAGUUGAGGAGAUGAAGAAAGCUCUUGAGAGGGAGCUUCAGAGGAAUCAAUUAGAGAUGGAAUCAAUGAAGAAAUCCUGGGAACAGAAACUCAAAGAAGUUCAUUCCGCUCAAGAGCAAGAAUUAGCAAAGGAGAAGAAGAAACAUGAGGAGAUGAAAGUCACUCCUCAUUUAUGGAACCUUAACGAGGAUCCCGCGUUGACAGGGAUGAUCAUUCAUAUGAUCAAACAAGGUUUAACCAAAGUGGGCAGUGACAAAGCUACUCCAGCUGCGGAUAUUGUCCUCUCUGGUCUCAACAUGGAGAAGGAGCAUGCGAUGAUAUCAAGCCGUGGUAGCACGGUGAAGAUCAAGCCAUGUCUCCCUGCCAAGGUACUGGUGAAUGGCAAGCAGCUGACUGACGGGGAAGAACUUCACCAUAAUGAUAGGGUUCUCUUUGGUUCCAAGCAUCUCUAUGUUGUCCAUCAUCCUCAAGAUCUGGCUAAGAACCCGAAGAAGGAGAAGAAAGGACCUGAGGAGAAACCCACCUACAGCAAAGCUCAGGAAGAGAUCGCUGCAAACUCUGGCUUCGACAUCAAACAGGGCCCAAAUAGGUCAAAAGAUGAGCUUUUGAUCCAAGAAGACCUUGUUGAAUUGAUACCCCAUGUCAGUGAAGCUAACGCAAUGAGUGAGGAGUUGAAGAAGAGGGUACGCUUUGAGAUAGCUCUCAUCUCACCUCAGGCCAGAGGGGCUAAGCAUGGCAGGACAGAGGUUUCUAUAUGCAUGAAGAACGUGGACAAUGACAAUGAGUUCUUGUGGACCAGGAAUAAAUUUCUGAAUCGCAAGUAUCUCAUGCAGGAGAUGUAUCAGAACUAUACAGACGGUGAUAAAGAUUGGGAUGUAGAACAGAACAAAGAUCCCUUCUGGGAGCCUCCAGACACGGAGGUCCUCAUCGGCUGCGUCCACGUAUACCUUCAGAGCCUUGCAUACCUGAUAGAGAUCGAAGAGCUCCUUGGUAUCGGUGAUUUCCGAGGGAUGGAGCAGGGUCUCCUCCAGGUUGACAUCCGUCCUUGUAAAUCGGACGGCUCUCACCUCCCUGAUGAAGACUUUGUGGACGAUCCCAAAGAAUUGAUUGGGAAGAGUACUAACUUCAAGUUCCAGAUCUCACAUGCCCGAGGAUUACCAGCAAGAAUAUCAAAGAGUUUUUGUCGGUACAAGUUUUAUCAAAACCGAGAAGCAGCUCAGUCGGCUGAGGUAGAGGGUAGAAACCCAGAGUACAAUCAUGAAAAAAUAUUCUCAACAUCAGUCAUAACUCCAGAGAUGCUGAAAUAUUUAGACAAUGAAUCAUUGAUCAUUGAGGUGUGGGGGCGCCAGAGAGAUAAGACGUCACCUGAAAGAAGAUCGCUUGGUGGUGAUACAAAGAGGAGUACAUCUAUCUCAACGGAUGAGAAAUACAAGCUAAAUGUUGAACUGAAUACAGAGAAGAAGAGGGUGCAAAGAUUGGAAGCUAAAUUGCAAAGAAUCCAGGAACUGGUAAAUGAGGCUGUUCAGCUGAAGAAGAACACCCUCGACCUGAAGGACGUCCAAGAGGUCAUGAGCACCGGGAGCCUUCACCGCUUCAAGGCGGCGGCUCACGUCAUCGGUAUAACGGAACAGAUCGGCAGAUUGACCGCAAAUGAAAAGGUCUAGCAAGGCAGGGACAUUGAAUGUGCAAGUAAAAUUGAUUUUGAACAUUUCCUCAAUUUGAUAAUACUUCAUUUGUUUUCACUUUAUCAAUCAUGGCUGAAUAAUCCAGCUGUUUUACUGAUAAUUGAGAAUUCUUUUUUUUUCAUCUUUAACUUUAUUACAACCAUCCUUCAAAUUGCAUGCUCCAGACACUUCUUUGAUAAAUUAAUCUAACAUUUAAAUGGAAAAUAAAAGUAAUGAAAUACAAACUGCUUUGCCUAAAUGUUUUUUGACAUUCAUCCUUCACUUUAACAAUGUUCGCUUAAAAUUGCAUGCUACUAACUUUCUAUGUGAUGGUUUGAUUAAGGGGGAUUUUGAAAAUAAAGCUUAUUUUUAUUGGAUGACAAUGAUUUUCUUGUCCAAGCUGAGAGUACGUGUUAACUCUUUCAAAUUUGGACCUUGAUGUGAAGGAGCUGUAACUCUAUUAAUCUAUUUGGGCAUUUAGGAGGCAUGAUAGCUUAGUAAAUAGAGCAGGGAUUCGGGCUCCGGUUACCUAGGGUUGAUUCCUGCCAAUGCCCACUGGGUGCUCCAAUGCCCUUUGGUAUUACACCUAUCCUUCAGAAAGUCUUUGGUCCCCCGAUUGCUUGCUUGCAAGGAUUCUUGCUUUCUUUAAUAGCAAUCAGAUUUAACAAAAAAUGUCGCCAUCAUAAUAGAUUGAAAGGAAAAAUAAGUGAACUGAGGUCAAGUAGCCACCCCCCCACCAAAAAAAAUAGAGAAUUUUUUUUUCAAUAAUUACAACACACAAAUCAUUCUUCAUUGAACCUUUUGAACUUGCUGUUUCUUGUUUUAACCACGUAUGUGCUGCUCAUUCGUAGUAUUAUGCAACUCAGUGAAAAUAAUUUUUGCAUGUAAUGUUUUGCAUUUCUCAUUCAUUUUGCACGUAUUCACGCAUUAAUUUUCAUACUCGUUGAAUAACAAUUCUUUGUUUUGUGCUUAUUUCAUAUCAUUACUUUUUUGUCACUGUCUUGUUACAUAAACUUCUUUAUAGUAAUGAUUAGAAAAAAAAAUCAGUUUGAGUACUAGCAUGGGUCCUACUAGUUCUAGUAGGAUCCAUGGUACCAGCAAUCUUUUUAAUUCACAAGUACUGCUAUGGACAGAGAUGCACAAUGAAAUCAAAUAUAUUAGCUAAAUUAUUUUAUUCACCAAGCUCAUGAUGUAAGCAAAAUUCAGUUAAAUCAUUUUGUUUGUUUUAUUUUACAAUUGAAACCUUUUUUUUUCAUUUACAACAUUUAAAGCUUCAUCCAGGCUACAUUAUCUUUAUUAAAGGGGAAGUUCACCCUGACAAAAAGUAUAUUGUAAAAAUAGCGAAAAAAUAAUAAAAACUAUUGC